UCAUCAAUCAACAGGUGAAGCAGGUUUUCUGUAAACAGAUGCAGAUAUCGAUCAGCAGGAGGCGCCGCCGAGCAGGAGGACACCAUCGAAGAAGAAGAACCGGAAGAGAGGGAAGGAGAAGAAAAAGAAGAAAAAGAAGGUGAGUCUGGUGACAUCACGGUGACAUCAUCAAACAGGAAGUGCUCUGCAGUGACAGGAAGUGGCAGAAAGACCAAAGACAACGCGGCCGACUGGCACAACCUGAUGCUGCGAUGGGAGCGGCUGAACGACGACGGAUUCAAGGCCGCAACCAACAUCGUAAACCUGAGACGCUCUCAGAGUGAUCGACUGCUGGUGGACGAGUCUUCAUCAUCAUCAUCAUCCUCAGCGUCGCAGCAGACGGCUGCAGCUGCAGAGCUGCAGGACGAAUGCAUCAAACUGCAGGAGGUCGUCGACAAAAUGGUUGCAGUGGUGACGAAGAUGGAGCGUCUGGUGACAUCACAACGAGGCAUUCGGGACCUGGAGGAGUUUCAGUUUGGACCCGAAGGCAGGAAGAUUCCUCUGUUCCACAGCUGGAGCUCCAAACAGCUGGAGGAGUCGUGUCACUUCCUGUUUGCUGCCUACAGUCAGGAGCUGCAGCUCAAACGGACCAUCCUACAGGAAGUAGCCCACACCGCGACCUCUGACCUCUGCCUCGUCUACCUGUCCUGCUGGCUCCACCAGCCCUUCAUCCCCCCCCACAGCCGGCUGACACUGGAGGCUCUGCUGCUGGAGACCGGACACCGGCCGCUUUGACGUCUGCUCACCUGUGUGACAUCAGCCCAUCUGGUUCACUGAUUGGCUGCAGGAAACUCACCAUGCGUUUACAGACGACUGUUUCAUUGUGUGUUCCGGACUUUGUUGUUGUUGUUGUAAUAUUCACCUUAAAUACAAAUACUGCAGUAAAAGUAUGUUUCCACGUCUGUCACAAACUACAGACUGAGGUUUGAACCAAAGUUUAUCAAAGGAGAAUGAAUUAUUUUAUUAAGACCUGUUUACUGAAGAAGCUGCAGGUCAAAAUGAAACCAGCUGAGUUCCAGAUCAGAGCCGGAAAACCGAAAGACAUCAGAGGACAGUUGGAGUGUGGACGGACUGAAGUGAAAGAUAGACAUCUUGUUGUGGACAGUUUUAAUGUGAAUCUGGAGGCAUUUAAAGGACAUCUUAGUGUGGAAACCAUGAGCUAGAGGACAGAAAGACAUCAGUAAACAAACUAAAUGCGGGCAAAAAGACCUUAAAGGACGGUUUCAGUGUGGAUGGACUGAGCUGGAAGACAAAAAGACCUCAGAGGACAGAAUAAAUGUGGACAGAAGGACGUUAAAGGACAGUAUUAGUGUGGACAGAGAUGUGAGAAAAUAACUUGGUUGAGAUGGAAAACAUGUCAGAGGACAAUCUUGGUAUGGACCGAAAGACAUCAGAAGACAGUUUGAAUUUAGACACACUGAGCUGGAAGACACAAUGACGUCUAAGGACAGAACGAGGACAAAAAAGAUGUUGCAGGACAGUGUGAAUGCAUGGAGCUGGAGGACAGAAAGACCUUGGAGGAUAGUCAGAGGACAGUUUGGCUUGAUAAAAUGAGCUGGAGGACAGAAAGACAUCGCAACAGUUUGAGUUUGGACAAAAUGACGAAAUAGGACAGUGUUGGUGUAGAAGAAAGACGUCAAAGGACAGUCUUAGUGUGACAGGAGUGAGCUGGAGGACAGAAAAUGUUAGUUCCAGUUUGGACAGACCGAGCUAGAAGAUAGGAAGAUGUCUAAGGACAGAAAAAAUGUAGAAGAAAAGACAGACAGUUUCAGUUUGGACAGACGUUAAAGGACAGUUUAAGUUUAGACAGACUGAAUUGGAAGACAGAAAGACAUCCUAGGACAGGUUUGGUGUGGACAAAGCAAACUGAAACACUAAACGACAGGAUGAAUGUGGACAAGUAGACAUCAGAAGACAGUUUCAGUGUUGAGAGAAAGACAUCAGAAUGGGCUGAUAAAGUGAGCUGGAGGACAGAAAGAUGCCAGAGGACAGUUUUAAUUUGGACAAGAGCUGGAGGACAGAAAAUGUUAGUUUCGGUUUGGACAGACCGAGCUGGAAGACAGGAAGAUGUCUAAGGACAGAACAAAUGUGAACAAAAACAUGUUAUGGGACAGUUUCAGUUUGGACGGGAAGACUUUAGAGGACAGUUUGAGUGUGACUGAAAAGACAAAGACAAGAGGACAGAACAAAUGUGGACGAAAAGACCAAACAAGAAAAUUGAGACAGACUGAGUUGGAAGACAGAAAGACAUCUUAGGACCAAAGCAAAGCUGAAAGACCAAAAGACAGAAGGAAUGUGGACAAGUAGACAUCAGAAGACAGUUUUAGUUUGGACAGAAAGAAGUUUGAGGACAGAACGAGCAGCCGGACUCAGUUUAUCACAUCAGUUUAUUGGAGGAACAAUGAAACGUGUUUAAUUCCUUCUGCACUCGAACAUCAACACGACAAAUCAAUGAGUCUGGUUCCCUCCAAAGUGUCCUCAGUCCGUCCUCACGCCGGUCCUCCAAACGUUCCGUCCACGUCUGGAAAACGUGUCGAGUUUUAUAAAAAGUAAUAAAAUAGUGCAACUUUUUUAAA